AUGUACUCAAGUUGUGGCCUUUUAGAGGAUGAUGUUUUGGUUUUUGAUGGGAUUGAGAAGCCUGGUUUGGUUGCUUGGAGUUCCAUGUUAAGUGCUUACGUGAAAAAUGGGUUUGAAAAAGAGGGUUUGUAUCUUUUCCUCGAUAUGGUUUCUAAGGGAAUCGAGUUGGAUGCUUUAGUGUUUUCAGUGGUUAUCAAGGCAUGUUCCAAUUUGGAGCAGUUGAAUUUGGGAAGUCAACUACAUGGGAAAGAAUUCCACUCCUUGGCCAGAAAACUAGAUGUUCAUUCCGAUCCAUAUGUUACAAGUGCUUUGAUCGAUAUGUAUUCCAAAUGUGGGAUGCCAAAGGCAGCUUCAAGGGUUUUCGAAAGAGUAGAAGAUCCAGAAUCAUUAUGUAACAGCCCUGUGCAUUUGCAUAUGGGGAUGCAAGCUGAGGCUUACAUUAUCAAAAGAGGUCUUCUUUCGCAUCCUAUGAGUGCAAACGGUCUCAUUCAGAUGUAUUCCAAAUGUGGACAAAUUGCAGGGGCUAAUUCGGUGUUCAAAUUGAUGCCCGAGAAGAGUUCUUCAUCUUGGACGUCGAUCAUCUCUGCAAAAGUGGAACAUGGACAUCUAUAUGAAGCUCUGACUUUAUUUAAUGAUAUAAGGAGGAGGAAUAAAUUAGUGGACUCAAGCACAUUAAAAUCAAUCUUGAAGGCAUGGUUCAUCUAUUAA